GAAAAACGUGUUUCACACUCCGGAUACACGUUCGUGGCCGACGUCGACCAGCAUGCGCGGCAACAACAACGUUGGGAAGGCCGCGAUGGCCGUGAUCUUUGGCCUCGGCGGCGCGUACACGGGCUUCCUCCUGCAAGAGCGGUUCCUUGAAGAGCGCCGCGUGGCCAAGCGCGUCGAAGACGAGGCCCAGCGGCGCUUUCGCCUCGAAGUGCAAGCCACGAGCCCGCAAUAGUCGAGCAAAUCUACACCAUUAG